UGAGCCUCAGGAACACCAUCAGCUCUUCCCUGAAGGCCUGUUCACUGGGCUGAGGGUUGCAUGGUAGCUGCACUCCCUUCCCCAGCAGACUGGCUUAGAGGAGAACGGAGCUAUCAUGUCCCAAGGAGAAGCAGCAGGACGCAGCCCUGCCAAGCACCAGGACCAGGGAUGGGCAUGGAUGGUCCUGCUGGCUGCAGUGGUGCUGCAGGGGCUGACGCUGGGCUUCCCCUGCUGCAUUGGUGUCUUCUUCACGGACCUCCAGCACGAGUUCCAGGCCAGCAACAGCGAGACAUCAUGGUUCCCGUCCAUCAUGGUGGCCGUGCUGCACGGAGGGGGGCCCCUCUGCAGCAUCCUGGUGAAGCGGUUUGGCUGCAGGUUUGUGGUGAUGCUGGGUGGGCUGCUCAGCGGGCUGGGAAUGGUGUCCAGCUCCUUCUGCAAGUCCAUCAGCCAGCUGUACCUCACAGCUGGCCUCAUCACUGGUCUGGGAUCAUGUUUCAGCUUCCAGGCAGGAGUGACUGUGCUGGGCUACUACUUUGUGCGGUGGCGAACGCUGGCCAAUGCCGUGGCCUCCACCGGCGUCUCCCUCGGUUUCACGCUGUGGCCGCUGCUGUCUCAAUACCUGCUGGAUGAGAUGGGCUGGAGAAACACCUUCCUCAUCUUUGGAGGAAUACUACUGAACGGCUGUGUUUGUGGAGCCAUCAUGAGACCCAUUCAGCUGGCAUCAGGGUCACUUCCACAGUCUGCCAAGCCCGAAGAGGAGGCAGGCAGCAGAGCAGAAGAGGCACAGCUGUCCAAUGGAGCAUCUCCUCACCACCCCACACUCCAGCAGCACACCCAAAGGACAAAAUGCUUCCAGAUGCUGCAGAAGUACCUGGCUUUUGACAUCUUCUGUCAAAACAAAGGUUACCAGAUUUACACUAUUGGAGUAACCUGGAUGAUGAUGGGGUUUGCCUUACCCCAUGUCUACCUGGUGCCUUAUGCCAUCCACAACGGGGUGGAGGAACGCAAGGCAGCCCUCCUCAUCUCCAUUAUCGGGUUCAUCAACAUCUUCAUCCGCCCUCUCACAGGGCUGCUCUCAGGACACAGAGUCUUCACAGGAAGACGCAUCUACCUGUUCAGCCUGGCCGUGCUCCUCUGCGGGCUCAGCAAUUUCAUCUGUGUCGUUUCAGCUGAGUUCAGUGUGCUCAUCCUCUACUGCGUCAUCCUCAGCAUAGCCAUGAGUGGCGUCGGGGCGCUCACCUUCCAGGUGCUGAUGGAUGUGGUAGAGAUGGACAGGUUCUCCAGUGCUCUAGGGCUCUUCACCAUCCUAGAGAGCAUCACCCUCCUCAUCGGGCCCCCGCUCACAGGUCUCCUGGUAGACAUAACCAGUGAUUUCCACUACGUCUUCUACAACUCCAGCUUCUUCCUGAUAUCAGCUGCAUUAUUUAUAGGGCUCAGCUUCUGUGCUCUGGAAAAAAAAAACAAAUUGAGAGAGGCUUCCAAAGUACAUUUGGACAAUCCCUCCAGACAUCAAUACAGUGAAAUGUCAACAGAACCAAAGGCUGUAAGUCAAUCCCCUCCAGCAGUUCAGUACAUCACGAGCAUAUGA